CUGUACGUGGCUAAAGGCUACAGGAUCAGUCUGCAAACAUAGUCUUCUGCAUCACGUUUUUAAAAUGAACGGUCCUUGAAACCAAAUGAACAAUUGCAUGCUAUAUUUUCCUUUGAAUGGGCUAAAGGUGUGAGCUAAAAAGCGGCGUUAGCUUGCUAGAGGUCAGUUUGUCUUGUGCUGGUUUACAGGCUAGCAGAAAAUGUACCUGUUAUACAUUAUAUUUUCCGCACUUUUGUGCUUUUUGAUAUUAAAAUGGCUGAAACGGAGAAAGUAUUGCAUGGACGUGAAGAGGUUAGAUGGAAAAACGGUUCUUAUAACUGGUGGGAACGCUGGGAUCGGGAAGGAGACGGCUGUGUUGCUGGCUUUGCGAGGAGCUCGCGUGAUCGUCGCCUGCAGGGAUGAGGAGAAAGCCAGGAAAGCCGUUCGAGAGAUCAAAGCAAGGAGCCACAAUAUGAAUGUGCUGUAUAUGGAGGUCGACCUGGCCAACAUGAGGUCUAUACGAGAGUUCAGCAAAGCCUUCUUACAAAAGGAGAAGCGGCUGGAUAUUCUGAUCAAUAAUGCGGGCAUGCCCAGCGUCCUCGACUGGACAGAUGAUGAUUUCUCCAUGUGCUUUGGUGUUAACCACCUUGGCCACUUCUUACUGACCAACCUUCUUCUCCCACGGCUAAAAGAGAGUUCACCGAGCAGAGUAAUAAAUCUCACCUGCUCCAGCUACAAGUACCAGAAGCUGGACUUCCAAGAUCUCAACUACAACCUGUUUCCGUUCUUCACCUACUGCCGCAGCAAGCUGGCCAACAUUUACUUCACACAGGAGCUCGCUCGCAUGCUGGAGGGGAAAGGAGUGACAGCGUAUGCCGUUCACCCUGGUUACGUUCAGAGUAACUGGACCUGCCACUACUCCGUCUUGUUCCGGAUCCUGGUGCAGGUGGUGAUGUUCAUGUUUUUUGUUUCGUGCGAGGCUGGGGCACAGACGGUGGUCUACUGCGCCGUGUCAGACGACGUGCUCGAGCACAACGGAGGAUAUUUCACUGAUUGUCAGCCGGCUCACCUUAGAGCUUUUGCUAGAGAUUCUGGAGUAGCAAAAAAACUUUGGGAGGCCAGCGAGAGACUAGUUAAAUUGGCCUGACAACAGUUAACAGUGCUUUUUGUUUGCAUGUUUGAUAAAACAGAUUCUCAUGUUAUUUAUAGAAAGCCAUGUUUUGGUUUGUAAGAAUGCGAUAUUUAUGACACAUUUUGUGUGAGUUGUAUGUGCUGUUAUUUAUAUAAUGAUUGGCAUGGUUUUUAACAUGCAGUAUCGAAUUACCCUUGUUUUCAUCAAAUGUUUUUAAUUAGUAAAGAAUGUAAAUUGGUCACCGCAAAUUCCAUUUAAGAUGGAGGGUAGCUAUUUAUAAAUGCAAACUAAUCAAAGCCUGAAAGCAAACAAAUCUAGCAGAAUUACAAAGGUUCUAUUAAUGCAUUUGUCUUAUGCUUUUAUCCAAAGCAAUUUACAUUUAAUUUUGCAUUCAUUUGAGCGCUCCAUGUCAAAGUUGAAAUUUUUCACACAAAAAAAUAAAUACAAAGGAAAAACCA